UUCCUGACCCGAGAAGAAAGCAGAGAGGUCUCAAGUGUUGCCAGCGUUCCACCAGCAGCCCUCUCCCAAGGUCCCUCCUCCUCUUUGCAGGGCUCAGACAUUUAACGAAGAAAAAAGAAGACUUAGCCUACCGCUAAGAUUUUCGUGGUGAGAACCUGGGUUUGCAGGCCAGCAUCUUGGCCUUGCUCUUUUAGGUUGUAGUACCUGGAAGAUACUUCCUUCACUGUUUCCAACCCAUGAAGAGGAUGGACAGAAGCGUGGUGAGGGGACCACUGUAUAAGCAGUUCGACUUGGAGAGAAAGAAUGCCCGGCAAGCAGAAGCUAGACUCACCCUGAGACUGCAAAGGCUGGAGGUCGUCUGCCUCUAUCACGUGAAAUCGCUGGCCAGGGAGCAGAGACAGCUUCAGAAAGAACUACAGCGGCUGCAGCAAGCAGAUAUCAUCAAGAAAAGGUUCUCCUCUCAUGGGGAGAGUGGAAUUCAGAAGAGACCAGGAGAUGGUGUCACGUUCUCACCACAAACAGGACAGAGGCACAUGGUCCCGGAAACUAAAAUUAGGGUACUGGCAACCAACAUGGCGCAAGAAGUUAAAACUAACGUUCAGGGGCCCUCUUUUCAUGACACUGCCCCCAAAGACGCCCUAAGAAGUCAAGAGCACCUGCACUGUCAACGUGACAGAGCCAGCUGCCACAAGGAAGAGAAGUUACAAACCUGGGAGGGAGAGUCUGCCAAGCCACUUGAGGGCACGGAUGUCUCUGUCUCAUGUCAUGGCCAAGAGGUCUCCACCAACAGCCCUGUGUCCCGCCCAGAUGGUGACAGGGGGUCAGCAUCUGCAGAUGUGACCAGAUCAAAAAAUGCUAGUCAAAAGACACAUGGGGAUGCUGGGGACCAAAAUGCCCUGAGCUCUGGGGAUUGUGCAGGCAGCUCCAAAGGCAGUUGCACAAAGCCAACCUUCCUAGAGUUGUUUGCAAAGGCCAAAAAUGCCCACUAUCUCCGCCACAGGGUGCCCCCUGAGUCUGAGAGAUUGCUUAGCAUCGGGGAGAUAUUUGGACAUAGAGACUCCUCACUACUCAGAGAAGGGAAAACACUGUCCAAAUAGCACCAGGUUCCUUCCUCCAUGGCUGUGUAAUGUAGCCUGGCAUGACAACUAUGGAAAUGCAACCCUCAAAUAGCGGUAGUAAGCAAUGCACAGAAAUAAACAGAAAUCCAUGACAACUUUCUUUUGCAUCCUUAGGGCCUCCUGCCCUUUUAUAUGAUCUUUCUCAUAAUAAACUUUCUUGUAAUAAAAGCUACUAUGAAAGGGAAGAGAGGGAAAAUAAUGUAAAAAAUAGUUUAGAUUGAGAACCUGGACUUAUUUUAAUGGAGACAGUCUUGUUUGUCCAAAGGUUCUUCUCAUAGUAGAGGUGCGUACAGCGCCACCUGCUGGUCAGAUAGCAUAGCUAGUCGCCUUGAUUCUUUUGGGGUUUGCAUGGUAACCCAACUGAAACUAUCAAUAGGGACAUAGUCUCCAAAUAAAACCUGCUCUUGCCUCA